CUGCUGAGUGCUUCAACCCCGCCUGUGAAAUAUCAACCCUAUCGUACUUUCCAUAAUACCGUACAGACACUGUAGACAGACAGACGAAAGAGCCGCAAAUAGACGCACAACACAGACAGAGCGAACACGAGCGAACACGAUACGAUACUGAGAUAUGGCAAACUCAUGGAAUUACGACAAGCGAGAGGAUAGUCGUUAUGCCGGGUACAGUGAUGAACCGGACUCUCCAGUCUCCCCAAACUUUUACAACACAAACUUCACUCCUCCUGGGUCGGGCUAUUCAGACGCCCCGAGAUCUGGCUACAACCAACCUCCACCAACAUACCCACCACCGUCAUACCCAAACCAAGCAUCAGUAUGGCCCCCUCCUCAUACCUCACCAUCUCGCACCCUGCUAACAGGUUAGGAAUAUCAAAACCCGAACACCUAUCUAAGCCCUGGCGCGCAAGGUUAUCUCCAGACGUUUGGCGGAACGUCCGCUCAAGUUCUUACCCACUCCCGGCCCUCUUCUGAACAUGGAGAAUAUCCGUACGACACCGGUACCGUCGCUGUUAGCAAUUACUCGAACUACGACCCACCGCUGAGCUAUGACCCCACAAACCCACCGCCAGGGGGUGAUCGUGGCCUGGGGUCCGCGCUGGUGGGUGCGGCGGGCGGACAACUCAUGCAUCACUCUGGAGGAUCAUUCUUGGGCGCGGCGGUCGGGGCGGCAGCAGCUAACGUUAUCGGAUUCGAGAUAAAGAAGCACAGGAAGAAGAAGAAGAAGGAGAAGACUAAGGAGAAGAAGGAGAAGGAGAAGAAGGAGAAGAAGACGAAGAAAGACAAGUACGAGAAAAACGAGAGGCAUGAGAGACACGAAAAGAAGGAGAGAAGAGAGAAGAAAGAGGGGCGCCAUCGACACGAUUCCUCCAGCUCGAGCUCUGGCAGUGGAGCCUAUCACACGCAUAGCCAUGCCAGUAGCCACUCGCACAAACAUCGUAGCAGUCGCCGGACACAUGGUGGGAGCGUGGACGAGAAGAAGGGUGGGGUGUUGAGCGGGUUAUAUGCCUAUGGUUAUUCGACGGGUGGUGGGCAUGCCUUCAGCGGGAGAAGGGGCGGGGGGGGUAGGUUCAGGAAAUCUAGACAUCAUUCGAGGCACGGAAGCGUCAGUAGUUAUACCUCCAGUUCGAGCUCCAGCCCCAGCUCGUCAUCGUCAUCGUCGUCGUCGUCCUCUUCUAGCGACUCCGAUUAAUCUGAUACCGUGGUGUUCUGGAUCCCUUCCUCCUCUUUUCUAUGGACGCAAGUGGGUGUUUAGCGAUUCAAUCUCGUUUUUCCAAUAUUUUUUUUCCAUGAACAUUUUUUUCCCCUCUCCGUUCCCCAAAUCCCUUUGGACAUGGUGCAUGGAAUUUAUGGGAUUGAGUUGGUCGGUUGGUCGGUUGGUCGGUCUGGUACCGGUGCGGGGGCAUGGCC